CAUACGAGGCCCACAAAAUGCGCAUCUUGAUGGGGUGGAAUUCCCUACACUUUGCAGUAGCCCAUUCACACUAGUGCAACGCUUGCAUGGUUGUUUCAUCAGAAAACUUUUCCUCCUAGCGCCCUUCGCGGGUUCCUCGAGCAAAAGGAGAGGCAAACGGUAUAAAAGAAAAGCAACGGCAUGGUGUGCGGUUUCCAGCACAUCCAUUCAAGCAAGCCAACGGAAAAGAAGUGAAAAGUGCGAGUGACCUCCAGUGAGUGAGUCAGGUUCUACACAAACAAAGAAAGCCAUUCAGUAAAGGAACGCAAUUUUUAUAAAAGUGGAAGCAGAAGAAACGAUGGCAGGAUGAUGGUGUAAAGCGGAAAACGUAUCUCACGGUUCAAAGUGUCCUACUUUCCGUGAUUUGUAUCAUCACAUCACCUUUGGAUUCAUCUCUUUCGGUGCGCCAACGUGGCACCACCCCCUGGACUCGCAGGGUGAAAAUUCUAGAACAUCGUCAUCAUCACCACCCACCACCAUCAUGGCUACCCCAAUCUUUAUCACCGUACCGACCAAGUACAUCCCCAUUAACGUGGCUCCGGCGGUGGUGGCCAAACCGCCGACCAGCAUAACACCGGUCAAACCGUUGGCCAAACGGCCCGCCUCGGUUGCUCCGUCGUCGGUGGCCUCCGACGACGAAUCCUCCUCGAUGGAUGAGUUUAUCGUACGCGGCAAGAAGCGCCGCCUCGAUCAUCUCACCUGGGAGGAGAAGAUUCAACGGAAAAAGUUGAAAAACCGUGUCGCAGCCCAGACGUCGCGCGACCGGAAGAAGGCCAAAAUGGAAGAAAUGGAAAAGACGAUCCAGGAACAGUCGGAACAGAUCGAGCAGCUGCAAAACCGGUGCAGCGCACUGGACACGGAGAAGAGCUCGAUGUACGACAAGUAUCUAGACCUGGAGCGACGGUUCGAGGAUCUGCAGAAGCGCUUGCUGGCACAGGAAUUGCAGCAGCAGCAGCAGCACCAAGACCAGAAGGUGAAGCAGGAACCGCAGGAAGAUGACGUCGUCAAGGGUAGUGUGGGUUGCGUUACUGCCGGGCGCCAAACGGGAUCAGCAGCAUCCCCACGAUGCCCUCAGCAGCAGGGACUGUACAAGCGGUCCGGCGGAAGCGCAAACGACACUCCCCUCGACGGCGAACAGCGACCCGCGGCUGGCAGCCCUCUGGAAGAUCAUUGCCAUCUGCCUGCUCUACAAGACAUGUUCGAAGAUUUCGACGUGUCCCAGCUCGAAGAGCUUGCCGAAAGCCUGCUCGCAGGUGUCGGCGCAGACCUGGAAGACAUUGAUCGAGCAGGCCGCCCGGCUAAUGCCGAAGGCGACCGCACCGGCCAGCGCCUGUCUGGAUCAGUGGUGGGGCCCGCAGCAGAACUCAUGGAAUCCGGUCGACCGGAGACCCCUACGGGAAAUCGCCUAAUACUGACCACGCACAACUACAGCAAGUCGCCGUUUUACGAGCACUCCGAUGCAGCAGCAGCACCAGCACAUCCACCGGUAGUGACUAUUCAGCCCAAGAGAGAGCGGGAUGAGCUGGAAGGGUCGAUUGCGACAACCCUGCAGCACCACCAACCCGCCCCAAUCCUACCGAACGGCUGCAGUGAUACACUCUACGGCACGUACGACAACGAAACGAACUGCAUUACCAUUGUACUGGCGGGAGAUCAGGAACAGGUCAGCGAAACGACGACAGUCACCUGCAUGGAGGACGGUGAGGCCGUAGCAUUAAGCGAGGAGUUAGUUCUGGUAGAUCAGCAGGAGCAGCAGCAGCAGCAGCAGGUGGAGAUCCUGAUGGAAGAAAACUGUCCAACGUCGGCCCUCCCGUCGGAACCAUUCUGCCCACUUGCACCGAUCACGAUCAGGCCACCUUCGCCGCUGCAGGAUCUGCUGUCCCCGAUCGCACCCCAACCGCUCAAGAGUCCCGGUGGGUUCUCGAGCGUGUCCGAUGCCGGGUACGAAUCGGUCGGAUCGCCAACACCCGCCUCGAUUGCUUGCGAUAAGAUAUCGCCCACCGAUCCCAGCACGAUGUCACUCGAUUACGAGUUGUGCGACGAUUUCAACACAUUCUGGAACUUGGACCCACUGUUUCCGAUUCUGGAGUGA